AUGGCCAACUUCAGCUCCAUCGACCUGAACAAGAUUGAUCCCGGCUGGGCUCGCAAGCACAAGUGGACUCUCUGGGCUGCCGGACUCUCGCAGGACCAAGUUCGCCAGAUGUGCAACAGGCCUAGCUUCGCUGAAAUGGCCGUCCAGGCCCAGGAGAAGAUGUCCUUCGAUGAGGCUCUCGCGAAUGCCAAGGAAGAGGGUGCUAAGGAGGCUCUUAACAAGGUGGCUGCCGAGAACAAGGCUGCCCAGAAGGCCGCCGCUGUUCAGAAGUCCGCCAAGAAGGAGACUCCUGCCGCUACCACCCCUGCUCCUGCUGAAAACACUGCUGCUUCUCCUGAGAAUGCCGCUGCCCCUCCUAAGUCGGAGGAGAAGAAGGGCGGUUCCGGCAAGCCGAACUUCGCCUUCACUGCCGAGGAUGACGAGAAGCUCCUCGAGCUCAAGAAGGCGAACAAGUCCUGGAAGGAGAUUGGCCAGCAGCUGAAGAAGCCUCAGGAUGCCCUCAAGAACCGCUUCAAGGAGAUCGGCUCUGACAACCAGAAGGCCAGUCCUCAGAAGCAAGAGACUAAGAAGGCCGGCCGCGACAAGCCUGCCGAGAACCCCGUCCCUCAGCACAAGACUGGUGAGGGCGAGGACUGGGAGCUCCAGACUGUCAACGAGGACGACGACCCUGAUAGUGGCGAGUACAUGGUCAUCUACCCCGACAGUGUCUUCACCGAAGACAUCUGCGUCGCCAUGGCCCGUGCCAUGUAUGAGGAUUACGACAACUACUACCAGCGCGUUGCCAGCCGCAUCUUCGACUACACCGGCAAGCGCGUCGGCGUGUCCGCUGUCAGGAACAAGCUCGCUCAUGCGCGCAACAAGUACCGGAACGCUCUCGUGGCGAAGAUCUAA